AUGACUCCUGUUAGCAAUCCACCACCAAAGAAGACGUUCCUGUCUACAACUGUGCCCAAAGACUUCCACUUCAGUACAGAUACCCGUGUUAAGUCCUCCACUUCAUGCAACACAGAGAAGGAAGUGGACUUUGUCAGUCAGCUUCGCAAACCGUCCUCCCCAGCAAAGGCUCGGAAAGGUGCCACAGUGCCCAAACCUUUCAACCUGUCAAGAGGCAACAAGAGAAAGGCGGAAGAGGCGAGCGCUUAUGUGCCCAUGGCCCAGCAGAUCGAGCAGUUCCAGAAGCGAACCCCCACCCGCUACCAUAUGCACAGUCGUAGAAGUCAAGAGAGAGGACCCGCCACAGCAAAGGGGAACCACCUGAAGCUCACUCAGCCCCACUCCCCAUACCUGAUGACUCGUCAGAGGAGCCGGCCGCCUACUGUUAAGUGCUCUGCUGAGCUGGAGGCUGAGGAGGCGGAAAAACUUGCAAACUUUAAAAUCAAGGCGCUGGAGCUGAACAGGAAGAUACUGGAGGGUGCAGAGGACCUAAAAAAGCCAGCAGUGAAGGAGCCCACCGUACCCGAAGGCUUCGAGCUGGAGAUUGAAAAAAGGCUCCAGGAGAGGCAGGCCACAAAGAAGCCCCAGGAGGAUGACGAAAAGCCCCAGAACUUUAAAGCCAAGCCUCUGCCCAAAAAGGUUCUGGAAGGAGUUGUGGGACUGCCAGAAAAGAAAGUUGCAAAUCCGACUGUUCCCGAGUCUCCUGCCUUUGCCCUCAAGAAGAGAGUUCGACUAGAUCGCAAGGUCGAGGAGGUCAAGCAGCCGUCACCAGUUAAGGCCCCCCCAGUGCCUCACUUCGGCCUGCCCUUUCAGCCCCGGCUACCUGAGAACCACCGUGUGGAGGUCUGUCCUUUCUCCUUUGAGCAGAGGGAGCGUGAAAGAAAAGCCUUGAGAGAGAAAAAGUUGGAGGAAAAGCGAAACGAAGAGAUACCACAGUUUAAGGCCCAGCCGCUGCCUGACUUUGACAGUGUGGUCCUGCCAGAGAAGAAGAAGCUGGAGCCUACCAAGCCUGAGCCUUUUAGGCUGCUUCUGGAUGAACGGGGAACUGUGAAGAACAGUCGCUGGGAGCAGAUGGUGAAAGAAGAACAGAAACAUCAAGAGGAAGCAGCAGUAUUUAAAGCUCGGCCCAACACCGUCAUUCACAAGGAGCCUUUCAGGCCCAAGAAAGAGGCCCGGCCUGCAGUGGGCAAUAAUUCUUCCAUAGUUGUAGAGGCCUUUGAACUGGCAACAGAGCGGCGUGCCCGAGAGUGGCAGGAGUACGAGCGAGUGACCAGUGAGAAGGAGGUUCUGCGGGCGCACAUGGAGGCAGAGCAGAGACGAGAAGAAGAGCAGAGACAGAAGGAGGAGGUUGCCCGGCUGCGACAAGAGCAGGUGCACAAAGCUCAGCCCAUCAGACACUACAAACCUGUAGCUGUGAAGAAGAGCGAAGUUCCUCUUACAGUCCCGGAGUCUCCAAACUUCUCUGAUCGCUUCCGCUUGUGACCACUUUUGUUGUGAAAUGUAACGUUACCACAGAAAUCUCUGACCUGAAAUUUUGUUUUUACAUUGCUUUUACAUUUUUCUUUUUUCCAUUGUUAGCUUUGUAUUUUAACUGCUUGAUGUACACUUAUUAAUGUGACUGUUUUAAAUUACAGAAUAAAACUUCAUCUACACCCACCAAUA